AUGGAGAACUACUGCCUCCUCUACAGUUCCUGUUACAGAACUGGGCUUCUCGCCAGGUUCCAGCGCCUGCGCUCCGAGAGCAGGAUGUGUGAUGUCGUCUUGGAGGCCGGCGGCGUAUCGUUCCCGUGUCAUCGCGCCCUUUUGGCCGGCUCCAGUGAUUAUUUUUGGGCGCUGUUUGGAGAGACUACCGCUGAGAGAUUAGCAACAUCCAUUAGCCUCACAGUGCUAACACCUAAGGGUUUAGAGGCCAUUCUGGACUUCCUGUAUUCUGGCUGGCUCAACAUAUCACCGCUCACACUUCCUGCUGUCUUGGAAACCGCCCGUUACUUGCAGGUGGAGACGGCUGUGUCGAUAUGCGAGCGCUUUAUUACUGACAGGCUGAGUGCCGAGAACUGCUGCUGCUAUGCUAACCUGGCGGAGCGUCACGCCCUUCCAAAUGCGCUCCAUGCUGCAAAUCAAACCAUUUCCAUGGAGAUGGGGAGGUUACUGAAGGAAAACAGGGACGGACUUCUCGGACUGAACUUCCAGUCACUGAUGGCGGUGCUGGAUGCCGAAGACAUGCCCGGUGUCAAGGAGGUAGAGCUAGUAAAACUUGCUCUGGAUUGGCUGGAUGAGAAUGGACCCCUCCCUUUGCUGAGAUCCAAUCUUCUCCUGAGUCACCUGCGCUUUGGAUUGGUCACCGCAUCUGACCUCACAAACCUGUGCCAUGCCCACAGGGUGAUGGCCACACCUCUGAUAAGAAGUCAUCUGACACGUGCCUUGGAGUAUCACAAUCUGGGCUCAGCUCAGCCAAUCAGGCAGAGCCGACAGUCGUCAGUCAGAGCAUCGACCAAUCGUGUCCUGCUUGUAGGUGGAGGGACCAGUCCUGAUUGGCCAGAACAGGAGAUACUGACCUUUGAUAUCAGAAAAAGAAAGUUUUCCUCUCUGAGUGGCGGUCUCCCACGGCGAUUGAGAAAUCACUGCGUGUGUUCGGUGGGAGGCUUCCUGUUUGUGCUCGGGGGAGAGGAGGUGAGAGAAGGUGAUGAGGAUGGGAAGAAGACUGUCACCGCGACAACAUCCAACCAGGUGUGGCGCUACGAUCCUCGUUUUGACUGUUGGGAGCAGGUGGAGUCCAUGCUGGAGGAACGGGCUCAGUUCACCUGCUGCAUUGUGGGGGAUUUUAUUUAUGUUGUGGGCGGAUGUCAAACAGAACCCGACAACAACGCACACACCUCUGUGGGUACGGUUGAGUUUUACGACAUGGCCACGGGAACGUGGAGGAGAGGGGCCUCGAUGCCACGCCCCCUUUAUGGCCAUGCUUCUGCAGUGCUUGACGGAAGCAUCUAUGUGUCAGGCGGUCUCCCAGGCAACAGCGGCAGCAUCCAUGGCGAUCUGCGUGAGUUCACAAAGGAAGUCCUGUUCUGGGACCUAAAAGCCAGAGUCUGGGAGAAGAAGGCCUCCAUGUCCAUCGCCAGGUUCGGUCACCGAAUGGCCACAGCCCACGGCUGGAUCUACGCCCUCUUAGGCAGGUAUGAGCCAUUCUGCGAUAUUGAACGGUACGAUUCAAAGUCAGACCACUGGACCCGCCUCCUGCCGCUUCUCAUUGGUUCAUUCACCUACGGGAUAGCCUCGACGCCAUCUGGGAGCCUGCUGGUAUUUGGAGGGAGGCGGUGGAGCGAAGGGCAAGAGGUGACAGUGAAGAGUGUGUUGGAAUAUGAUACGAAGAAAGACCACUGGAGGGAGAUCUGUCAACUGCCCAGACCUCUCACGGGGACCGAGUGCACGCUGCUGCUCGUGCCAGACUAAAGGGCACACAAAGUGGGAACAUGAACUAAAGUAAGAAGACUCAACUCAAUGAAAGGUAGCCUCAAACCCACAAGGGAACUGCACAAUUUUUUAAAAAAAAGCAGUUUGUCA